CAGCGCAGCUUGUGGCGCUGACUACAUCUCCCUCCUCUCUCUCUCUCCCUCUCUCUCUCUCUCUCUGCACCUCCCUCGCUUUGCUGCCUCGCACACUUUCUCUCUCUCCCUCGCUGUCUCUCUCAUACACCCUCACACCGUCCCUCGUGCCCUCAUUCCGCCACAUUACUGCAAACAUGGUCGAGGCUUUCGUUGGCACAUGGAACCUCAAGACGAGUGACAAAUUUGAUGACUACAUGAAGGAGCUCGGUGUGGGCCUCGCCACACGCAAGAUGGGCAACAUGACCAAGCCGACCACUAUCAUCUCAGUGGACGGCGACAAGGUGACGUUGAAGACCCAGAGCACCCUUAAGAACACAGAGAUCUCCUUCAAGCAGGGAGAGGAGUUUGACGAGACCACCGCCGAUGGCAGGAAGGUUAAGUCUAUUGUAACAAUCGAGGAUGGGAAGAUGGUGCACAUACAGAGGUGGGACGGCAAAGAGACCAGUCUGGUUAGGGAAGUCAAUGGCAACGCCCUCACACUGACGCUCAAGCUCGGAGAGGUUGUCUGCACACGUUGUUACGAGAAGGCAGAGUAAAUCCAAACACUGAAACCUCCGUCCUGCAUCUACUUCGAACAAUUUAAGUCCUGCAACCCAAACUCCUUAACACCAACUCAAUCCAGUCCAAGCAAACUUCCCGUGUGGCUGCUGUCGACUCCCCUCGACAUCCCUUCAUACUGUAUGCUCAGUGUUAACAGGACUGUGACUUCACUGUCUGUAUACUGUUUUUCCUUCAACUGUAAGAAACACUGAAUAAAUUCCAAUGAUUUGUUGGGUUUUUUUUUCUCUAAAAUUCCAGGUCUGCAUAUUUUUGUUUUUUUAGAUAAUGUGUAAUACAUUGUGCCUGUUUGAAAACUUGCCUGUUGAGACCUGAAAAAUGAAAAUAAAAGUGUCUACACAGUUGGACAGUGUGGUAAAACAA